CCGCGCCGGGCGUCCCCCGAGAGUGGGGGGCUGCGCCCGCGGGGCCGGAGGCACCUGUUCAGGAUGAAAGUGACCGUGUGCUUCGGCAGGACGGGCAUCGUGGUGCCCUGCAGGGAGGGCCAGCUGCGCGUCGGCGAGCUCACCCAGCAGGCGCUGCAGCGGUACCUGAAGACCCGGGAGAAGGAUCCUGGAUACUGGGUGAAGAUUCAUCACUUGGAAUACACAGAUGGAGGAAUCCUGGAUCCAGAUGAUGUCUUGGCAGAUGUUGUUGAAGACAAAGAUAAGCUGAUUGCCGUGUUUGACGAACGAGAACCGCUCCACAAGAUCGAGAGCCCCAGCGGAAACCCUGGAGAUCCACAAAGCCCAGAUGCAUUUGAGACAGAAGUGGCUGCCCAACUGGCUGCAUUCAGACCAAUUGGCGGGGAGAUUGAAGUAACCCCUUCUGCUCUGAGAUUAGGCACUCCACUGCUGGUGAGGAGGAGCAGUGACCCAUCACUGGGGCCACCUGCUGACGCCCAGCCAAGCGCUUCAUACCCUGGUGGCCAGAGUCUGAAACCUGUUGUUGCAGAUUCCACGCAGAGCUUAGAAGACGGAGAAAUUAUGAAUGGUGUACAGACCGAACUGCCAAUAUCUCCAAAAACUAAAGAUGUAUCAAGUGAUAUGACAAGAACAUUGGAGAUUUCUGGGGAAGGAGGCCCCUUGGGGAUACAUGUAGUGCCCUUCUUUUCAUCUCUGAGUGGAAGGAUUCUAGGACUCUUCAUCAGAGGCAUCGAAGACAACAGCAGGUCCAAGAGGGAGGGGCUCUUUCAUGAAAAUGAAUGUAUUGUCAAAAUCAACAAUGUGGAUCUCGCGGACAAAACGUUUGCUCAGGCUCAAGAUGUCUUCCGUAAGGCAAUGAAAACUCCAAGUGUGCUCCUCCAUGUGCUUCCACCUCAACACCGUGAGCAGUAUGAAAAAUCAUUCAUUGGACCACUUAACAUUUUUGCAAACAGUGAUGGUGCUUUGAGAACAAAGGUGCCUCCUCCUGCGCAUUGCAAAUCAGGAGUAAAGACAGCAAAUCUCACAGGAACAGGCAGCUCUGAAGCAGAUACAUCAGCUCCCCUGCAACAAAGCAAGAGCCCUCAAGUACCCAGGCUAGGAAGAAAGCCAUCCUCUCCCUCACUCUCUCCUCUCAUGGGGUUUGGCAGCAAGAAAAAUGCAAAGAAAAUUAAGAUUGACCUAAAGAAAGGCCCUGAAGGACUUGGCUUCACUGUGGUUACCAGAGACUCCUCCAUACAUGGUCCUGGUCCCAUUUUUGUAAAAAAUAUUUUACCAAAGGGAGCAGCAAUAAAAGAUGGCCGCCUACAAUCAGGGGACAGAAUUUUAGAGGUAAAUGGCAGAGAUGUCACUGGACGAACUCAGGAAGAGCUCGUGGCCAUGUUGAGGAGCACCAAGCAGGGAGAGACGGCAUCGCUGGUCAUUGCUCGCCAAGAAGGAAAUUUUCUGCCCCGAGAACUGAAAGGCGAACCUGACUGCUACGCACUCUCUCUGGAGACAACUGAGCAACUCACUUUUGAGAUCCCCCUGAAUGAUUCAGGUUCAGCAGGCCUGGGAGUGAGCUUGAAAGGCAACAAAUCCCGAGAAACUGGAACGGACUUGGGGAUUUUUAUCAAAUCCAUCAUCCAUGGAGGUGCUGCCUUUAAGGAUGGCCGGCUGCGAAUGAAUGACCAGCUGAUUGCAGUUAAUGGGGAGUCUCUUUUGGGAAAGUCCAACCAUGAAGCUAUGGAAACACUUAGACGAUCCAUGUCCAUGGAAGGAAACAUCCGAGGGAUGAUCCAGUUGGUGAUUCUUAGGAGGCUGGAGAGACCCGUGGAGGAGCCUGCGGAGUGUGGGGCAUUGUCCAAGCCCUGCUUUGAGAAUUGUCCAAAUGCUGUGACCACCUCUAGGCGAAACAAUAGUGCACUGCAGCCAUUUGGCACUUACAGUCCACAAGACAAACACAAAGACCUUUUGCUGCCCCAUGAUGGAUGGACUGAGAGUGAAGUACCACCUUCUCCACCACCACAUCCCGCUCUGGAAUUGGGCCUUGAAGAUUACAGCCACAGCUGUGGGGUGUAUUCAUCAGGGUAUCUUCCAGACCAGCACAUCAACUUCAGAUCUGUGACACCAGCCGGGCAGCCUGAAUCAAUUAAUCUGAAAGCCUCAAAGAGCAUGGAUCUUGUGCCAGAUGAAAGCAAAGUUCAUUCAUUGGCUGGACACAAAUCGGAAUCUCCAUGCAACGACUUUGGUCCAACUCUGGGCUUGAAGAAGUCCAGCUCCUUGGAGAGUCUGCAGACUGCUGUGGCCGAGGUCAGGAAGAAUGAGCUUCCCUUUCACAGGCCCCGGCCGCACAUGGUUCGAGGCCGGGGCUGCAACGAGAGCUUCAGAGCAGCCAUCGACAAGUCCUACGAUGACCCGGAGGAGCUGGAAGCUGAUGGUCUGUCUGAUAAGAGCUCUCACUCUGGCCAGGGAGCUCUGAAUUGUGAAUCUCCUCCUCAGGGGAUCUCAGAGUUAGAGGACAUGGAAAAUAAAGCCAGGAAAGUCAAGAAAACAAAAGAGAAGGAGAAGAAAAAAGACAAGGGCAAGCUGAAAGUCAAAGAGAAAAAGCGGAAAGAGGAAAAUGAAGAUCCGGAAAGGAAAAUAAAGAGGAAAGGAUUUGGCGCCAUGCUGAGGUUUGGGAAAAAGAAGGAUGAUAAGGGUGGGAAGGCUGCACAGAAAGGAACCCUGAAGCUCGGAGGCCUGAAAGAGGAGGAGCUGGAGAAGAUGAAAGAGGAGCAGGAACGGAUUGGAGCAAAACAUCAGGAGCUAAGGGAAAAGCAGGCAAGAGGACUUAUUGAUUAUGCCACUGGUGCAAUGGGAUCAGUGCACGAUAUGGAUGAUGAUGAAAUGGACCCCAAUUAUGCCAGAGUGAACCACUUUCGGGAGCCAUGUGCAUCAGCAAAUGUCUUUCGACCUCCAUCUCCUCCUCGGGCUGGCCCGCUUGGUUACCCUCGGGAUGGCCGUCCACUGUCUCCAGAGAGAGACCACUUAGAGGGUCUCUAUGCCAAGGUCAACAAGCCAUACCAUCCAGCAGCUCCAGUUGACAGCGGCCGGUCCAUGGGCGGAAGCACCGACCGCAUCCAGAAGUUGCGGAAGGAGUAUUAUCAGGCUCGGAGGGAAGGUUUCCCUUUAUAUGAAGAUGACGAAGGAAGAGCGAGGCCAUCUGAUUAUGACCUUCACUGGGUGCCUGGAAAGGGUCCAGAGGGGAACGCCCACAGCCUCCGCUUUGAUGGGAUGGAGAGGCAGUAUGCAUCCUUACCCAGGGGAGGACCAGCAGAUCCUGUGGACUACCUGACAGCAGCACCUCGGGGGCUCUACAAGGAAAGGGAGCUUCCGUAUUACCCGGGGGCUCAUCCCAUGCAUCCUCCCAAAGGGAGCUACCCCUGCGCCCCGGAUCUCAGGGUGGCAGAUCUCCGGUAUCCUCAGUACUACCCACCCCCGCCAGCCCCCCAGCACAAAGGACCCUUCCGACAGGAUGUUCCACCUUCCCCUCCCCCGCACCAGAGAGUACCAGGCUAUCCAGAAAUGGGCAGACCAGGGCCCCGGGGGGGCAGCCCAGACCAGUACCCCUACCGAACCCAGGACCCCCGGCAGAAGAACCCCAUGACUGCAGCAGUAUAGCUGAACACCACCAAGAUCAGCCAAGCCCAGAAAGGAAGACGCCUAACACUAACCUCACCCUUCCUCCACCCUAAGACGUUCUUCCUAUUAAGAACUCUCCAUGGUACCAAUCGGCCACUUCUCACUUGGGUUGCAACACUUGACUGCUAAUCAGAGAGGAAAGAAAGCGGGAGAGAGUGUGCAUCAGGAUAGAAUCAGAGGAAAGCUGGGGUCAUAAAAACAAUACCACCUGGUACUUAUAGAGCAUUCAGGACUGUUCAGUUCAGUGAGGGUAGCAACUGAAGAAGCAAUCUACAAUGGAGAUGUAUUCCGUGAUGCCUGCCUGGCGAGGUAACCUGUGCCCGUGCACACACACACACACACGCACAUACACACAGAAUUGGCAGUACCCAGGGAGUCCCUGCCAAGCAGGAUUCUGUGUUGGCCUCAGUGCCCCUCCGUGGGACCAUUGAGUUAAAGGUUGGCAGAGUAGCAAGACUGCAGAUGUGGGCAUCUUGAGUAUAGUGUGUUCUUAGAGGGAAAAAAACAAUGGCAAACAUGACCAGUGACCCCCUUGAAGUGUUUUGUACUGAGAUGACUAUGUUUCUGUAUCUCUGGAAUUUCUGGGUCUGCUGAUACCAUUCAUUUGCUGUAAACAUUUCGCCUGCUUCCUCACUUAUGAUAGAACAUUCGGUAAAGUACAGUAUGUGGG